AUGUUGAGAACGAUAGCUAUCGCAACGAUACUGGCGGGAUGGGCUUCCAGCCAAGCGCCACACCAACCCCUGGUUCCCUUUGUUUACGACGACAUUCCUCUUGGACAGAUCACACCAAAUGGCUGGCUGCGAGUGGAGCUUGAGACAGAGGCUUCCGGACUUGCUGGACACCUAUACGACUUCUACCGGUUCGUGAAGGACGCCAAAUGGCUGGGGGGAUCGCAAGAAUACAGUGCUCUCAACGAGGCGUUUCCUUACUGGCUCAAUGGGCUGGUCCCUCUAGCGUACACUCUCGACGACCAGCGACUGAAAGACCAGGUUCAUUCUGCGAUGGACUAUCUAUUUGAGCAUCAGGUCAAAGAAGAUGGCUGGAUUGGCUUCGAGGAGGGCAAUAAACGACUCAUCUGGGCCCGGACACUGAUCUUUUUCGCAUGGACCAACUUCGCUGAUGCUAACAAAACCUGGGAAACCCCGAUCGUGGAUGCCAUGUACAGUUUCAACUCUUUGAUGCACACUAUGCUGCAGAACAACGGCACGGGACUUGUCGAGCAGCAGAACGAUGGGAAUGGCCCAGACAUUUAUUUCUGGUUCCUCUCGCGAGUGGCAGAAAUGAUUGUCAGCUUGCAAUGGUUAUAUGACAAGCACCCUAGAGAGACGGAGAUGGUGAAGUUAUCAGACAACAUGGCAAUGCUGCACAAAUAUGGUGGGAAGUGGGAAGACUGGUUUCAGGAAGAAAACUAUACCUUUCAAGAUUUGUAUAUGCUGCCGGAAGAAGUGUCGGAUAACAAUUUCACCUUCCUUCACGGGGUCAACGUUGGCGAAGGCUUGAAGGCACCAGCAGUCAUCCGUAGAUUCACACAUGAUGAACGCCUAGUCAAAACGACGAGGAACGGGGUCCAAUGGUCGAUGCAGUACCACGGCGCUCCUUCAGGAACUGUUAUCGCCGAUGAGCGCGAGGAUGGCCUCAACGCUUACUAUGGCGCCGAGACAUGCACUGCAGUCGAAGUCAUGUUCUCUCAAAGCUACAACUAUCGGGCUCUGGGCGAGAACUUCUACGCCGACGGUGCCGAGCUCGCUGCAUACAAUGCUCUUCCCGGAGCGAUGACUGGAGACUGGUGGGCGCACGUCUACAUGUCGCAAAGCAACCAGCCUUUCUCGAAGAAUUUGUCAGAGACGCCAUUCUACAAUACAAAUACCCAAGGACAGACUUAUAAGGGACUGGAACCGAAUUAUCCUUGCUGUACAGUCAAUCAUCCACAAGGACUGCCGAAAUUCGUACAGUCUUCCUUUGUCAAAAGCGGCGAUAGUGGUCUUGUUCACGCAUUGCUCACUCCCGCCACUGUUACUACGACCAUCGCUGGAUGCAAAGUCACCGUUGACUGUCAGACAAAAUACCCCUUCGACGACAUACUAGUCUACAACAUCCAAGCAGACACGCCCUUCGACUUCUUCGUCAGAGUCCCAUCAUGGGCAAAAGAUUCAUUGCUGACUUCAACAACCUGCAACCUACCACAAUCCGACGACCCAUCAACAGGUCUACGCAAGGUCCACAUCUCCCCAGGCAACACUACGCUAACAUACACCAUCAUGACCGACGACGUCCGCAUCAAACCCCUAGCCAACGACACCAUAGCCAUCUACCGCGGCCAACUCCUCUACGCCCUCGAGAUCGGCGCCGACAUCACUUCUGGACCACCAAAACACUACCGCAAUCAAACCCUUCUACCUCCGGGAUCGCCGCCACAGGCUCUAGACUACACAAUGAUCAGCACCACCGCCUGGAACGUCGCCAUCGAUCCCUCCACGAUCGAGUAUCAUCCGAGAACGGAUCGCAGCGCUCCCCUGCCAAUGCCCAUCUUCGCGGCUGGCAACCCGGAUAUGUAUAUGGCUGCGCAGGCUUGCUUGAUCGAUUGGCCGGUGUUUAACGGGAGUGUGCCGGGGACUCCUAUCCCGAAGGGGGAGAGAAGGUGUCUGGGGGAUGCGUUUGAGGCGAGGCUUGUGCCAUAUGGGAGUGCGAAGUUGAGGAUGACGGAGUUGCCGACUAUUGAUUUGGUGUAG